UUUUCUUGUGACAUUUAUCUAGUUCAUUUAUUUAUAUAUAAUCAUCAUCAUAAAAAUAUUUUCUGGGGGGUUUUUAAGAUUUGUAUAAUGUGGGUGAAUUCAGCUGAGAAUUUAUCAGCAAGAUCUUCUUCAUUUCGAGAAAAUGGCGAUGAUGAAGAGGCGUUAAGAUGGGCGGCUAUCGAAAGGCUACCGACAUAUAAUCGUGUCAGAAAAGGGAUAUUUACAAAUAUUGUUGGUGAUACAAAAGAAGUUGUUGAUGUUAAUAAACUUGAAGUUGAAGAACUUAAGGUUGUCUUAGAUCGGUUGUUGAAUUCUGCUGAUGAUGAUUGGAAGCGGUUUUUUGGUCGGAUUCGACAGCGAUUUGAUGCGGUGGAUUUGGAAUUUCCAAAAAUUGAAGUCAGAUUUCAGAAUUUGAAUGUAGAAACUUUUUAUCAUGUUGGUAGUAGAGCAUUGCCCACCAUCACCAAUUUCAUUGUUAACAUGACCGAGGCUUUCUUAAGACAACUGAGGAUAUACAAAGGGAAGCGGAGAAAACUGAAGAUUUUGGAUGAUGUUAGUGGGAUAAUUAGACCUUCAAGAAUGACGUUGCUUCUUGGUCCUCCGAGCUCUGGAAAGACAACUCUUUUGUUGGCCCUUGCUGGACGUCUUGGGAAUCAUUUACAAACAUCAGGAAAAAUCUCCUACAACGGGCAUGGUCUAAAGGAGUUUGUUCCUCAGAGAACAUCAACUUAUGUCAGUCAACAAGAUUGGCAUAUUGCAGAAAUGACAGUUAGAGAAACACUUGAGUUAUCUGCACGAUGUCAAGGUGUUGGCUUUAAGUAUGAUAUGCUUGUGGAACUUACAAGAAGAGAAAAGAUUGCUGGAAUAAGACCCGACGAAGAUUUGGAUAUCUUUAUGAAGGCGUUGGCCUUAGGAGGAGACGAAACAGCUCUUGUUGUGGAGUACAUUUUAAAGAUUUUAGGCUUGGAUACAUGUGCAAACACCAUGGUUGGAGAUGAAAUGCUCAGGGGGGUCUCUGGUGGGCAAAAGAAACGGUUAACAACAGGUGAAUUGUUGGUGGGUCCAGCUCGUGUACUUCUCAUGGAUGAAAUAUCAAAUGGUCUUGAUAGUUCAACUACAUACCAAAUAAUCAAGUAUCUUAGAUAUUCAACUCGUGCACUUGAUGCGACCACAGUGAUUUCACUUCUCCAACCUGCUCCAGAGACCUAUGAUUUGUUUGAUGAUAUUAUACUCAUAUGUGAAGGUCAUAUAGUAUAUCAAGGUCCACGGAAUGCCGCUCUUGAUUUCUUUGCAUAUAUGGGAUUUCACUGUCCUAAACGAAAGAAUGUUGCAGACUUCCUUCAAGAAGUUGUUUCUGAGAAGGAUCAAGAACAGUAUUGGUCUGUACCAGAUCGAUCUUAUUGCUACAUACCUGUCAAAAAGUUUGCUGAAGCAUUUUGUUCAUAUCGAGUAGGAAAAAACUUAGUUGAGGAACUAAAUGUGCCAUUUGACAGACAAUAUAAUCAUCCAGCAGCCUUAUCAACUUCUUGUUAUGGUGUCAAGAGACGUGAGCUUCUUAAAACAAGUUUCGAUUGGCAAUUGUUACUCAUGCAACGGAAUUCAUUUAUCUACGUUUUUAAAUUCAUUCAGCUUCUAUUUGUUGCAUUAACCACAAUGAGUGUUUUCUUCCGGACAACUCUGCAUCAUAGAACAGUUGACGAUGGAGGGCUAUAUCUAGGGGAACUCUAUUUUUCCAUGGUCAUUCUUCUUUUUAACGGGUUCACAGAAGUCUCCAUGUUAGUUGCUAAGCUUCCAGUAAUCUACAAGCAUAGAGACUUACACUUCUAUCCUUGUUGGGUUUAUACACUUCCUUCUUGGAUUUUGAGCAUACCAACUUCACUCAUUGAAUCUGGUAUCUGGGUGGUAGUUACAUACUACGCUGUUGGACUUGACCCGAAUAUCAUCAGGUUCUUGAAGCAGUUUCUGCUUUUUUUCUUCCUGCACCAAAUGUCCAUCAGUUUGUUCCGCUUGAUGGGAUCCUUGGGACGUAAUAUGAUCGUGGCUAAUACCUUUGGCUCUUUUGCGAUGUUGAUUGUCAUGGCACUUGGUGGAUAUGUAAUUUCAAGAGAUAGCAUACCCAGUUGGUGGAUUUGGGGUUUCUGGAUUUCUCCUUUGAUGUAUGCUCAAGAUGCAGCAUCUGUGAAUGAGUUUCAUGGGCACUCUUGGGAUAGAAGAGGGAACCUUACAACAAUGACUUUAGGUGAGAGAGUGCUGAAAGCUCGUAGCAUUUUCCCUCAGACGUAUUGGUAUUGGAUCGGUCUUGGUGCCUUGCUUGGAUAUACAGUUUUAUUCAAUGCUCUUUUCACCUUCUUUUUAUCUUACCUUAACCCAUUGGGAAAGAGCCAAGCUGUUGUUUCGGAAGAACACAAGGACAAAGAUGGAAAAAAGAAAGGGGAAAGUGUUGUCAUUCAGCUCAGAGAGUUUUUGGAGCAUUCAGGAUCUUUCACUGGAAAGAAUAUUAAUCAGCGAGGCAUGGUUCUACCGUUUCAGCCACUUUCCAUGUCUUUCAGCAAUAUCAAUUACUAUGUUGAUAUCCCGCCAGAAUUAAAGCAAGAAGGGAUAGCAGAAGAUAGAUUGCAGUUGUUGGUGAAUGUUACCGGAGCAUUUAGGCCCGGUGUGCUUACUGCAUUAGUGGGGGUAAGUGGUGCUGGUAAGACCACUCUAAUGGAUGUUUUAGCUGGAAGAAAAACAGGUGGAGUAAUAGAGGGAAACAUCCAUAUUUCCGGUUAUCCAAAGUCGCAAGAGACUUUUGCUAGAAUAUCUGGGUACUGUGAGCAGAACGAUAUUCAUUCGCCUUGUUUGACUGUUCUAGAGUCACUUAUUUUUUCGGCCUGGCUUCGAUUACCAUCAGAUGUUGAUCUCAAAACACAAAAGAUUUUUGUUGAUGAGGUGAUGGAACUUGUUGAACUCACUCCACUGAAAGGUGCAUUGGUUGGUCUGCCUGGAGUUGAUGGCUUGUCAACAGAGCAAAGAAAACGUCUGACUAUAGCUGUUGAGUUAGUUGCUAACCCUUCUAUAGUAUUUAUGGAUGAGCCCACAUCUGGACUUGAUGCAAGAUCUGCUGCUAUUGUGAUGAGGACAGUUAGGAACAUUGUAAACACUGGGAGGACGAUUGUUUGCACCAUCCACCAACCUAGCAUUGACAUAUUCGAGGCCUUUGAUGAGCUCCUAUUUAUGAAGCGAGGAGGGCAACUCAUAUAUGCAGGUCCACUUGGUCCUAGAUCAUGCAAACUUGUGGAGUAUUUUGAGGCAAUCGAAGGAGUUCGAAAGAUAAAGGCUGGACAUAAUCCUGCAACAUGGAUGUUAGAGGUUACUUCACAAACUGAAGAAGCCCGAUUAGGUGUAGACUUUGCUGAAGUCUAUAGGCAGUCCAAGUUGUUCAUACGUAACAGAGACUUGGUCGAGAGGCUAAAGAAGCCAAGAAUUGAUUCAAAAGAAUUGCAUUUUCCAACCAAGUACUCACGAUCAUACAUGGACCAAUUUGCUACUUGUCUUUGGAAGCAAUACCUUUCUUAUUGGCGAAACCCACAAUACACUGCAGUUCGAUUUUUCUACACCUCUAUCAUUUCACUGAUGCUUGGAACUAUAUGCUGGAGAUUUGGUUCAAAACGGGAAAGUCAGCAAGAUUUGUUCAAUGCCAUGGGAUCCAUGUACAUAGCCGUACUGUUUAUAGGAAUUACCAACGCCACUGCUGUCCAACCUGUUGUUUCUGUGGAAAGAUUCGUGUCAUACAGAGAGAGGGCUGCUGGCAUGUAUUCAGCUCUACCCUUUGCCUUUGCGCAGGGUGCAAUUGAGUUUCCUUACGUGUUGGCACAAGCACUAAUUUACAGUACCAUAUUCUACGCUCUAGCUGCGUUUGAGUGGACCACAUGGAAAUUUAUAUGGUACAUAUACUUUAUGUACUUGACAAUGCUAUAUUUCACCUUCUACGGGAUGAUGACAACUGCCGUGACUCCCAAUCACAAUGUUGCUGCCAUUAUUGCUGCUCCAUUUUACAUGUUCUGGAAUCUCUUCAGUGGAUUUAUGAUCCCUCAUAAGAGAAUCCCGAUUUGGUGGAGAUGGUAUUAUUGGGCAAACCCUGUAGCAUGGACUCUUUACGGACUUGUUGUGUCCCAAUAUGGUGACCUAAGUAACCCGGUGAAGUUAUCAGAUGGAGUCACCACUGUGCCAAUAAAACUCUUAGUUAACAACGUGUUUGGUUACAGACAUGAUUUCCUUGGUGUUGCAGUUUUCAUGGUGUUUGGCUUCUGCUUCUUGUUUGCGGUCAUAUUUGCAUUCGCUAUCAAAUCCUUCAUCUUCCAAAAGAGAUAAAUGUUUUGCGUUCAUAUAUAGUAUAACGAAAUACUGUAGAAAACACUUCAAAUUUGUUUUAAGUUAUAUAUAUAGAAUGUUGUAGAGAGAAUGUUAUGAUUUAUUUAAAAUUUUUGGUUCGAAUAA